AUGACACGUAAUUAUUUGUCUCUUUAUAACAAUUCAUAGACAACAUCUUAAGGGGCUUUAUUGUGUAAUAAAAUAGUGGCAUUCAGAAUCCUCUUGUUAGUUAGAGUUGAUAUUCUAAAGUAACGAAUAACUGCCAGUAGUGCUAAAUGUAGUUUUUUUUUUUUACAAAAAUGCUGGCCGUAAAUAAUGAAAUCAUGAAAAGUACAACCACAAAAUGUAGCUACGAUGAAGCUUUGAAUUUAACUGGUUUUGGGAAAUACAACUACCGGAUGCUGUGCUCGUGCAACCUACUCAUCCUGGCGAUGUACCUGGAUAUUUUCGGCUUUUCCGUGGCGCUACCGGCGGCCGCAUGCGACAUGGCGCUCACCAUCACGCAGCAAGGAUUUUUGUCAGCAGUACCUCUGAUUGGAGUCAUGUUGUCGUCAUACGCAUGGGGUCUGUGCGCCGACACCAUCGGCAGACGUCGAACCCUUCUUAUAGCGAUGCCGAUAGGCGCUGUUAUGAACCUUGCCGCCAGUGUGGCGCCAACUUACGCCUCUUUGGCGGUAUUCAAGUUUCUGUCAGCAGGCUUCACGUCGUCAGCGAACGCCGCUGCGUUUGUGCUGCUGGGAGAGACGACACCCGCUCGACACCGCAGCCGCUUCCUUUUCCUCAUGGCCAGCGCCACCAUGUACGUCCAGCUCGUCAUAUGCUUAGUAGCACUACCAGUUUUCGAGCUCUCGUUCAACGUACACGUCCCAUGGCUAAGCCUGAACUACCGACCUUGGCGACUGUUGAUGCUGAUCAUCAGUCUGCCAGGUAUCCUUGGCGUGAUUGGUAUGGUCUUCUUACACGAAAGUCCUAAGUUCCUGCUCAGUUCAGGCAAAGAAGAAGGUGCUGUUGAUGGACUGAAGAAAAUUUAUUCUUCUAAUACAAAUGGAAAGAACGAUUACUGUGUUACACAGAUAUAUCUAGAAGAUUCUACAUUCAGAAUUCCCUCUGACUUAUCGUUCGUGCGUAAGAUGUGGAAUCAAACAGCGCCUCUUUUCAAACCUCCGCUGCUGAAGAAUUCACUUAUACUCUACUAUUUACUACUGACUGCUUAUAUGACAUCGACAGGCUACACUAUGUGGGUUCCUACAAUGACUAAUGCAUACUUCAACGGUGGGGACACCUCUGGCAAAACGUUCUGCGAGGUUGCCAGCACUUCCACUUCUAACGUCACGGCGUCAACAAACUGCAACAAUGCUGUUCAACCACUAACCUUGUACGCAGUGGCUUGUUAUUCUGCAGUAUCCGGCAGCCUCAAUAUUAUACUUUCAUUCGUGGUCGGCAGCAUUGGAAAAAAGAAAUUAACAAUUCUCGUAUUCACUGUAUCCGUAAUCAGCGGUUUGGCGCUCAUUUUCGUAACACUGCCGCUGCUCAGUGUUGCCCUAUUUUAUUUUUUCAAUUAUGUUUCCUUAAUCUUAGGUACUGUAAAUACUUACUUAGUGGAAUUAAAUCCCACUUACUUAAGGGGAAUGGCUACGUGUUUGUCUGUAGUAGUCGCAAGAGGCUUCGGCUUCAUAAGUGUGCAGUUAAUUGCAUCGCUCCUUGAAGAUUAUUGUACACCUACAAUAAGUGGAUACGUCAUUUUAGUUAUGUCUGGAUUAGCAGUUACUUUCUUGCUGCCGGCAGAUGCAUCAAUUAAAAUGGACUCUGCUAAUCAUGUGAAGAAACUGAAUGAAACUACAAAAACACGGUGCUAAUUUUCUAAAA